GGAAUAACAAUAAUAAAAAUAAUAUGACUCGCGUUCCUCGCGGCUCUGACGACUCUGCCCAAGAAGAACAUCAUUUUUCUACCGCUAAUAGUGCUGGAUAUUUCGAUCGCUUCGGGCGUGGCACGACUGAUCGAAACGAGUUCUUAGCGGCGGAUCCAGAAGCAGAAGCUUCUGCGCCUCAUAAAAUGAUCGACAUUGAGCAUUUUUGCGCUCCGUCGUCAGCGACCUCAGCGCGGGCUUCGAAGCAUGCAGUUCGCACACCACAAAUCACCACGACCUCAGCAUUGCCACCGCGCAGUUCUGCGUUAUUUUACGGCUCCCAGUUGGCCCUUUUCCAUGACAUCAGAUUUUGUUUAGUCAAAAAUAUUGCCCCAAGGUAGCUACGAAGUCUACAUCUAUAAAUAUACAUAGUGGUUAGCGUUUGUCGAAUGCUUAGUGUCUAUUAAUUUCUCGAUGAUGCCCAAUUUGCAGUCGACCUGAAUGAAUAGUAAUAGUAUGGAGGAACAACAUCAUACUCUGCCUCUUCUAAGCAAGAGACAGAUUACCGAAUUCCGUAAUGUUUGCCAAGUGUUGUGGUAGUGAUACGUUGAGAGUGGAAACGGAGGCUUACGACGUCAUCGUUCGAGAUGCUGUACAACAACAAUUAAGGGCUCUUACCAAGCCGUAUCAUGUCCAUCUGGUGUAAGUUAGUAGUAGGGCCUUGAUAUUGUAGGCAAAUUUCUUCAGACAUCUAUAAAUGUCAGCAUACUUAUGAUCUAUGACCUUCAGACUGGGAUUAGUCAUGGUCUCAAAGUCAUCUUUCAGUCUGAUGAUUUGGAAGCUCACAGUACAGAGACGAGGUAGAUCACAUGUAUGUAACAUAUACAAUGGUUUGGGCCGGUAGAAAUGGAAACCCCUAAUGCGACGUUGGUUUUCAGAGUUCAAGCUGGACUUUUUGGUAGAGGGCUUUUUUACCAUGACUACAGGGAGCACGACGACGAACACGCAGCAAGGCACAUCAGUUGGAUUAGAUCAUUAAGGAUAGAAGGGGGAUAAAAUAUCUGCAUCACUUGAUGAUGACGUGGACUAUUUCAGAUAGGUAACAACAAGAACCCUUCUUGGAGCUCGUUCACUUGAUUGUUUCGUCAGGAGAAUCCUUCGAGACUAUUCAUGGGCACAAGGAGGACUCAAGGGGUACUCCUUGGAAAUCAGUCGAAUUUAUUAGCACGUUCUUCACUUUGAAAAUCUUCACCCCCGUUGCUUCUAAUUAUGAGAGCAACGAGGAAGAAGGAGUCGUGUAAGAAAAUGCCAUCAGGCGCAAAGGCGCACCUUCGCAGUCCGAAGAACUGUCGCAGAUUUCCAGUGGUUAGCGAAGAUUAUUCCGAGAUUACUACCAGGCUUCUUUCUUCCUCCUCUCUCUUAUGGAGAACUAGAAGAGUCAUUAAUAGAUGUCUUUGUAAGUGCGCGAAGUUAUCGUAACAUAUUCUACUGGUAAAUGUGAGAAGCAUUUCGACGUUCAUAAAUUCAUGACUUGCAAGUAGAAAAGAAGAAACCAAAUUCCUGCACUGUUUUCACCUAUCAGUGGGCUAAAUGAAGCUCACGUAUUUCAACCUAUCACCUUAUGUUCAAAUAAUACUCAUACUUCCUAGUUUUUUUCAUUCCCGGGUUACAGACGUGCAGGCGCUCGCCGACGCUGCUGCGGAAGACCGAGGCUGGAUGGUCAGAGAAAUGCAAGCAGAGCUGCGUCUGUGGCUCGUGCGUAUGAUCUCAAGACCACACUUCAUCCUCCUGGAUGUCCUGCAGGCUUGGCUCGGCAUCGAUUUGACAACCGGCAAGUAUUCCUCACAUACAUUCCGCUCACGUUUACUAAAAACGCAUCAUAUUUAUGCACUGGAGGAGCUUGCGGGGGAAGUGAUUAUACUAGCUGGCGAGUUAACCUAGGUGAGAGAAAAGACACGCUCUCUGGAAGGUUCCUGGACGACAGUCGACAAAAAAACCCUCCCAGGGGCCAACCAAGCCUAGUCACAAAAAAUGACGACUGCCACGCCACUACACGUCAGUCAAGCAGAAACAGAGGCACUGGAGGCGGCCGCGGUGGGCCUCGCCGCGAAGCAACUACCGAGUUGAGCCAGCAACUCCGACCUCGUAGUACUGAUCGACAGCACGCCAGUACUUUACAACUUCAUCAAAUGCAGUGGCAAAUCCGCGGUGGUGGCAAACACCGCGGUAGACGUAGUCAAUCACUGGUACGACAACAAUGUCAAACCGUGGCGCGUCUACAUAAAAUCCGAAUGGAACCUGGCAGACUACAUGACCAGACACGGCAAGCGCAGACUGUUCAUCAACACCAUCCCACAGCUGCAGACGGUUCAGCAGUCCACUGGUGCCCGACUAUGGCUGGCUGAACUAUGUGAACGCCUGCCGGCCCCUGCUGUCGCUGUCGCUCCGGGAGUUCGUCCCUCCCGCGGGAGUGACAAGCGCGGUGGAGGUCGGCAGCCGCCCCGGCACACCACCGGCGCGGGUGCUGGCCGGCGGGAGGUCCUGACGCAAACCUGUGCAAAGGCCGGCACGCGUCCCCGUAACCCCUCGACGGCGGAUGCGAGUCUCGGACCGCCGACUCAAGUCCGCACCAGGAAGCCGGAGCCUGGUCGGGGUCUCCGGAGGAAGGUACCGGGGAGGAAAAGAUAAGGGCUCGGAGCGGUCCAUUCACCACUGGCACGAGUCAAACUGAGACCAGAGGUUGAGCGGGAGCUCAAGCCCCGGUAGUAGGCCGACGGCGCGGGCUGGAGGUUCAAAGUGACUUUGUCCCCCAGCGGGGGGACAACGCCUGCUACUGCCGAGGGAUUAGCCGCGCACCCGGACCAAAGCGUCCGACGCGAAGAGCGAGCACCCGGAACUUCGCGGGUGCCGGUUGAUCGACUCGUAGGGCGACGGUGCACGAACACCGGCCGAGCCGCGAGAGGGGUUACGACACCCGGGCGUUGGUGUGCAACUCUCUCUGGGGAGGUAAAGGCCUCCCGCCACGCUCCGUGGCAAACUUAUGGGCCGUAGGUGCAACGACCGGCGCCGGCAAAGACCUGGGUCUGCCGAGCCAGCCUACUGUGCUGCCACAGCACUAAAAAGUAUAACUCACCAGUAGAUUUAGGAUCCCCGGAAGUUAAGUCUCCAGUUUGUAUAUAAAGAACAGUGCCGUUCAUACGUAACAAUCACUGAUUCAGCGCAUCUGGAAAAUGAAGACUUCCACAGGCAAAUAAUAAAAGCAAAUCCUCUACUUAGAUUCCUGAUGUCGUCUUCAAGAUGGACAUACGUUUCAUCACUCACGCCGCAGGAAGCGUAAGCCCGAAGCAAUAACACUGGCUGGGUUGGAACAUAGUUUCUGUAGUCGUGGGAAAAUGGAGAACCCACAGAAAUUAUUGCAACGGCAGAAAAGCCUAUGUGAGGAGACGGGACUUACUAGUGUGGUCUUAGCAGCGGCUAUCGCAGAAGACGGUGAGGACGCCGUAGCCGAUGAUCCUCGAUUCCAAUACGAAUGUAUGACUCCCGGGAUUAGAACUUACACAUAACACUGCUAACGUGGAUUCUACCACUAGUCGUCCUAAAUAACUACGAUUAUCUCACUGAUGCUGUACUGUUGUAGUUUCUCACUAUCCAAUCCCUUCUGCGCUAUAUCUUUCCUCACCUUUUUCUCUCUCCUUCGAGUGAUGUUCAUUGCUUUUCUUGCUAGUGCAUCUGGCCGCGGAGGUCGCAGUUUCGGCGUUCCUCCGUUGCAGCGCAGCUACGUUCGAGCAAGUUCGUCAGCGAGGAAGUCAACGAAUAGUUCCUGCGAAGAUUUGAUCGACCUUAGUGGCGGUGGCGGCGCGGGCGUUUUCCGAAAUGAGACUCACGGGAAAAACACGAGGACUUCUGUGAAUGGCCAAGACAUCAGCAUUAAGGAUUCGAAGGUAAUUUUUGUCAUGAAUAAUGGUAGACCCACCAGGGUUGAAAGACGGUGAGGACGCAAUCAUUUGGAGUGUUUAGCAGUACUUCAAGUACGGAGUGCAACAUUUACUUCUCCAUUUUUGUUUCCAUUUUCGAAUGCUCUGGCCGACUGUGCUGCGCAAUUACUAAACGCGUAUACGCAACGACCUCUAAACAGACUCAUGCAAAAUCUAUUUCCAAUAGUGCCGAUGUUAUGACGAUUGCGGAAGACGGAUGUUGGAAUCGCGAGCGUAGCGUUUCUCCCGGUCUUUUGUUUGAACGGAAAGACUCCAGGGACCGCUUCAAAAGACAACAGCAAGAAGACGGGAACGGAGUGGGUAGCAACCAUCAUCACCAGAGCUCGAUCGCCUUCCUCGAUGUCGUUGACACUGAUGAGGAGAAAACCUCAAAUCAUGUCCGACAGGAUAAGGUGAUGAAUCACCAAUCAGGUAUUCGGGCCGGCACCUCUACUGAGCCUACCCUUCUGCAAGAAAACGAGGAAGAUGCAACAAGACCUCUGGCGAGAAAUCCACCAAAUGUAUGAAUGUACUACUUUUCGUUUUCCUCCUUUUCUCCAUCGGUAUUGACUCAACGAGAACGACCAUCCUGACACGACCCCUUUCGAACAGGGGAUCGCAAGUGCCUGGAUGGUCGGCCUAUUUAGAUUGAUGGAAACAAGGACAUGUUUCAUAAAAUGGCAUGACAGGAGCAGCAUCCUCAAGCACUAGUAGACGUGGUCAAUAUAGUAGACGUGCGAAGGAAGCGAACAUCUUCGCUCCCAAAGGGGUAACAAGUAAAGCAACUAAUGUUUCCUCUGCCAGUCUUCGAUGGACCGCACACGACGUCUCAACUUUUAUGACUACUCACUCCUCGAUAGAGGCUAGUGAUGCAUCGCCAGUAAUGAAUUAUCAGUACGUAGAAGAAGAUCUUGUUGUGGGCUUAAAAAUGCUAUAAAAGGCAACACAUUUUUGUGAUCCUCAUUGAGUAGGAUGCACCACUUAAUUCUAGGGAAAGGGAAACGGCGAUGCCCGAUGAGAGUGCAAUAUAUUCUAAUAAAGCCGGCGCGCAAACGUCCUUAUUUCCGACGAUAACGUCGCAGGAGGGCUGCGCGAAGUUCCUAGCAGGCCAAAAACGGUUGCUUCAUGCGCGGAGGACCGAACUUGCAUCCAUUCAACGCAAUUUUGCGUGCUUGCGAAAACUAGAAAAGUCGGCUUUCGUUAUGGAAGAAUGUAGUUCUAUCCAUCCUUACGACCAUCCUGGCGCUUUUGUUUUUCAAGAAGGAUAAAAGACGGACCGGGCGACUUCAUUGAGUUGAAGCCCUCGGGGCGUACGCUUAUUCUGUGUGUGACAUGAGUAGGAUAGCCUGACUAAGCGAUGGGAUAAACUACAUCCUCUAUAGUCGUGGAAGGGCAGAAACUUCACAAGACACUGGCCGGAGAAGAAAACAUGAACAGGACUUUGGUAUUCCUAUGGACUUUAGUAUUCCACCUAUGAAGAUUCAUAUCGUCCUUCUAGUAACCUACUUGUUGAACGAGGAUGCAAACAAAAAUGGCUUUUUGUCAACAACCGUGACGUUCGUGUAUCGCUAUUCAUGUGGCCUUAUUACUUCUCCUAUGAACAUCUCUAGCCUUUUUUUUUGAUUUAACCACUCGCUUAGGCUUACUUCACUCGACUAGUGGUCUUCCAUUCGCCAGAAGUAGAAACUCUCUCUAGGUGAAUUCACUGGCUCCAUCUGCGCGAGAGUUCGCAGGCAAAGGCGCACGAGAAGCGCAUGCAGUGUACAGUAUCAUGAUAGCGGCUUGCGAGAGGGAAACUAUGGAUAUUGAAGCGGGACUCAAAAUCUUUGACUCACUCGCUUCCAUGGCAUCGCGAGUGCAGCAGCUUAGAAAAAGUCUCAAAGAUGCGAAAGAUAAAAGGUACCUGUAGAGGACGUGGCAAAAUGACAUUUUUGGUCGUGAUCAUCAUGUAAGUACUGAAACUGCAGCAAACAAGUUCUUGUUACAUGCUUUCAACUUCAUUCUACUCCUGCGUAAAAUGUGCUUUUCAUUUGAUUCAAGUCAAUGAAACACUGAAGCUCUUGCAAGGAAGAAAAUCUGCUUUGCUCAUCCAUUGCUGCCUAGGUUAAACGUGAAAUUCAGCGAGCAAGGACUUUUUUGGGAUGCCGUUUUCAAAGGCAUGACGAAGGAGGACCAAUUGGCACAUGUCUCCGAUCGCAUUGCAGUUCUGAAAAAGAGCCUUUCUGGUAUGGAAACGUGGACACUUUUCGCUAAUUUCGUCGCAACAGAGGAACUCAAAACACUACGCCAGGAUAGAGCGCAGAAAUGGAGUAUACUUACUCAUUUGUGUAGGACGUAUAAAAAUCUCUUUUGCGGCUUUUCUAGAAGACAAAGACAUGUGGUCGUUCCACCAGGUAGUUUUCCUAUCUUACGUCGGUCUACUGCGUAUACUACGUACCUGCUAAAAAUCAAUAUUGUGAAACCUAGUGCUCGUGGUCAAAUCUUCGUGUGAUGGCUGCUUUGUAUUCCUAUCCAAAUUCUACUUGAAGAGAUGAACGCAAUUUUCUAUUCAACUUCUACUCCCAGAGAACGCGCAGGAGGAAUUCGUUGCUCGACAGAGGGAGGUCGGCGGUGGAGGCAUGGCAUCGGCAUUUCUGUUUCGUGGCACACAAAUUGCACGUGGAAUCGUCAGUCGGGCAGACUUAGCCGAAUGGGGCUUGGAUAGUCACGAAGGGUCCAACGCGGGAAAUGACGAUUUCGACUGAAUCUUCGUCGGCUUAAGCAGAUACUAGAGUAGGUGUAGUUGGCACAAAGGUUCCGGUGCAGAUAGCGUCGAUUCCGAUCCAGCUUUAGGUGCCGCGGAACUUGGUGUAUAAAAGUUCUAUUCGCUCCUGAAGCUGCGCAUCUUUUGUUCUCGUCUUUAUUUUUGCGUAUUUGAAGAAGAGAAGUUUGUUGCGCGAUUCUUGAGCAUACUUUUUAUUCUGAAUUCUCAACCUGAAUCAAUAUAGAGUUUUAAGUUCUUAAGAGUUUCAUACUGUUCCGUCGUCCUCAGAGGUGAGUCAUGUUUCAAAAAAGACUCAUUGGGUGGGGUUAGCAACCUCGUAAUGGUCAAGUUCGCGCAUUUUCCAUAUUUACUCGUCAUUUCUUGUAGAAUACUUUUGGAGACUAAAUAGCGAUAAUCAGGUAAUACAAAAUGCAUGUCAAUAUUUGUAGAAGAUCAAAAAGAGCAAAUAUUUUUAAUUGCAUCUAAUGAAGGUAAAAAAUGUAAAAACAACAAGAGCUACUCUGAGUCUGGAGGGUAAGCUUUCGGAGUUAUACGGGAAAAAUUUAUGUGGGACUUCUCACUUCUGUGGCCGCUCAGGUCAUUUUAACGUAUGCAUCGUGCUUUCACAAAAAAGUAAAAAAUCUAAAGAAUCCUCACACCGCUAUGCUGCCUCGAAGUUCGUGAAUCGGGACUCCGAUAGUCGGGACGCAUAUAAUGAAGGCCUUCAGACACAACAUUUUUUCCUCAUAUUUCUGUGAAGCAAGAACGAGAAGAGGAGUUUGUUUCUGAGUCAGGUUGGUAAGCCUUACCUUAACUUUUCCUACCGAGUAUGGAAAUGUUUUUUCUGCUAUAAUUUCUCGGGCAUGGUUGCGACGAAGUUGCUUAUUGCACAUACGUAGAAGGGUGUUUUGAAUUGAUAACUUGUGGUGCUCGCGUGACCACCUCCACACCAAAUUGAUUCGAUUGUGGGAAGGUUUCCGCCUCUCUCUCACGCAUCCUUCUGGCACGCAAAGCACAUAGGAGAUCAGGAUGUUGAGGUCUAGUUCCACUGUGAGGGUAACUUGAUUUCUUGAUACAAUUGCUUGGACAUGAAAUCCUUUUGAUAAGGAUUCCUUUUCCACGAGGUUUUGCCGGACGGGAAAAGAAAUCGAAAUUCGCCUCGCUAGCGCGACGACGCACGGCGCGUCGAUUUUCUCCACAUUGUAGUGUUUUCAAUUAGUUUGAUGUAAUAGAUGCAAAUGAUUGAUGCAUAAGGUGGUGGAUCGUUCAUUCCCCGUUCGACACUACGAUGGAGCAUAAGAGAGGCACACAGACAUGGUAUUCGAUGUCCGACUCAGAAGGAAUGAUAGUCCUAUUUCCUAUCCUUAGUAUUUACUCAAUUUGAAAAAUUGGAAAUCUAAAGAUUCAUUCAGAAAGGUGGAAAUCUAUCACAUGCAUUCAGGAUGCACUCACCGCGUUUGCUACUAGCUUGCUAGCGUUGAAUUCUCAAUUUUGGACAGAUAUAGCGG